UCAUAAAUAAUAACUUUUACGUAGUAACGCUAUCUGUCUUUUUCCACAUUUUACAAUAGAAAAAGCAAUUUCCGAUAUGGAAGCCGUACCCAACGGCAGCCCCCACCCGGAUUUUUACCAACACCUCGUCGUUAUGCGUCACGGCGACCGGUUUGAUAACUUCGAUCGGUCAUGGUCGGCCACCGCCCCCCGCCCUUUUGACCCGCCUCUUCACAACGAUGGCUUGGCUCGGGCCUUCGAUACGGGUCGGACUUUUCUCAACCUUCUCCCCUUCUCUUUUCACCGCCUCUUCGUUUCCCCUUUCCUCCGCUGUGUCCAGACCGCCGCCCAAGUCCUCCUAGCCCUCUCCGCCGCCAAUCCCUCCACCACUCUCAAGGUUUCUGUAGAGUAUGGACUGUGCGAGAUGCUAACCAGUGAAGCAAUCAGACCAAAAGUUGCUCCAAAGGAUUUGAAUUGGGGUUUUGAUAUUCCACAGCUCGAAGCUAUUUUGCCUAGUGGCACUGUUGACCAUUCCGUAGAGCGGGUACAUAAAGAGAUGCUUCCUUGGGAAGGGACAGCGGUGGUUACUCAUCGUCGGUAUGUUCAUUUGUUCCAGACACUUGCUGAUAAAUACCCAUCAGAGAAUUUGCUACUUGUCACACAUGGCGAAGGAGUUGGAGUUGCGGUUUCAACAUUUAUGGAAGAUACAAUCGUGUAUGGAGUUGAGUAUUGUGCAUUUGUUGAACUACGGAGGCCUGUUUUUCAGAAAGGCGAUUCGUUUGCGUUUGGAAAGUUUGAGGUGAUACUUAGAGAAGGGCAAGAUGGGAUCAAGCACGUGCCAAAUCCAGAAAAAGAAUGAGACCAUAUUUUUCCUUGGGAAUAAACUGCCAGAAUCUCUAUUGUUUCCAUCUCCCUUGAUUCUAUAACACAUUGGAUUGUCAAUGUCUCUCUCUAUUUUUGGGUUUUCUUUGAAUAAAUGAGUCUAAAAUUCGUGAUCUUAUUUUAGAAAGUGAUAAUAUGAUACUGAUAAUUGUUAAGGAGAGAGAAAAAAUGAAAGUGAUGUGAACUCUAACCGAUGUGACCCCCUCCCCUUCGCACUACUGUUGUUAUUUUGUUUUCUAUCAGUUUGGUAAUGCUGAAGAUUGGCUUUCAGAAAUCAAUAUAUAAUUAUAAGUCGCCAUGGUGUUC